AUGGAGCCAACCUUUGUCAAAGUCAGGGGUACAGAUUCGAUGCUCUUGAUCGUCGAUUCUCUGACCCAUCAAAUCGAUAUUUUGCAGAUCGUCGAUGGCUCAGAGACAAUGGCGAGGGAUGACAGUUUUGACCUCAAAGAAGCGGCAAAGAUCCCUCGCAGCGCAAUGAAAGCCAUCAUCAAAUAUGUUGAAAAGGAGAAUAAUCGUUUCGAAAGGACGGAUUCGAAUGUCGCGUAUGCUGUCGCACGUCUACAGCUGUGCGAUAACGGGGACAUAUUGGCAAUUGUUCGCCUAGUUGAAGCUAGCCCCGAACACAGACGUGAACGUCGAAAGGCUAAGUACUAG